AUGGGAACAUGUUACAAGAUUACUGAAUUUGUUGAGGGACAUAAACAUUCCAUGGUUCCUAUACCAGCAAGAGAUGUCAUGCCAAGUAACAGGAAUUUUGAUGAAUUCCAACAAAGAUUCAUACUUUCUGGUAUAAAGGCUAACAUUGGUCCGAUGCGUUCGUUCAGAAUGUUCAGAGAGAUUAUGGGCAGUUAUGAAGGAAUUGGAUGCACGGGUACUGACUUCAAGAAUUUUGUCAGGGACUUGAAGGUGCACAACAAAGGAUCUGAUGCACAUAUGCUCUUGGAGACAUUUACAAAUAGGCAAGAACUUGGAAAUGGAUUUAAGUUCUUCCAUGAUGUCGAUGAAGACAAUAAAUUGUGUAGAAUUAUUUGGGCUGAUGAGACGUCGGUCAAGAACUUCAGUUUGUUUGGAGAUUCCGUGUCAUUUGAUGCUACCUAUAAUACAAACAGAUACAAGUUGAUUUUCACCCCAUUCACUGGCAAAGAUAAUCAUGGGAAAUGCAUCUCAUUUGGAGCUGCGCUAAUAUCUCAUGAAGACACGGAGUCGUACGCUUGGGUGUUGGAUAGGUUCGUUCAAAUCAUGGGAAAUGCACCGAGGAUUCUAAUAACGGACCAAGACCCAGGUCUCAAGAAAGCGGUUGCAUCCUGUUGGAAAGAAACACACCACAGGUUUUGCAUGUGGCACAUAAAUAUCAAAGUUGCUGAGAAAUUGCCACCGAGAUUGAGAGAAAAUACCACUUUCAAAACAACAUAUGAUAAUAUUGUCUGGACUGACGACGAUGAUCCGAAUGUUUUUGAGGAAAAAUGGAAUAACAUGAUUCAGGAGUUUGAGCUCUCUUCAAAUAAGUGGUUCACUGACAUGUUCGAAGAGAGAUCAAAGUGGUUCAGUGACAUGUUCAAACAUAUGUUCAUAUAA